CAAACACAUGGCAAUGCCUCCAGCACUACUUCCUUAAUUCUCUCACCUGUAAACAUUCACUAUUAUAAAUAGCACUCAGAAAACAGAAAUUUGAAAUAAUAUUGUAUGAUUGUAUCAGUAAUUUCUUCAAAUUGCUGAUAGUUAAAAAUUAAAUCCAAAUUGAGCUCUGAAAGAGUUGUGGAGAAAUCAAGAAAAAUGGCAGCUUUUGGAGGGACAACACAGAAAUGUAAAGCUUGUGAAAAGACUGUAUAUUUGGUGGAUCAACUCACAGCUGAUGGAAAAGUCUAUCACAAGGCCUGCUUUAGAUGCCACCAUUGCAAAGGGACCCUAAAGCUUAGUAAUUACUGUUCCUAUGAAGGGGUGUUAUACUGCAAACCUCACUUCAAUCAGCUGUUCAAGAUGACCGGCAGCUUAGAUAAGAGCUUUGAAGGGGCUCCGAAAGCUGCUAGAAUCGAGAAGCUGCUCGAUCAGGGGGCUGUGAACAACAGAGUUUCGAGUUUGUUUGCAGGAACUCAAGAUAAAUGCAUUUCUUGCAACAAAAAAGUUUACCCUCUUGAAAAGGUGACAGUUGAUGGAUCUUCGUAUCACAAGACAUGCUUCAAGUGCAUCCAUGGAGGGUGCGUGAUAAGCCCCUCGAACUAUGUUGCGCACGAUCAUCGCCUUUACUGCAGGCAUCACCACACGCAGCUCUUUAAGCGAAACGGCAAUUUUAGCCAACUAGGCAGGCUCGAGCAAGCGAAAGGGAUAAAUGCAACGGCUUAGAUAGUGAGAUUUAUAUUUCCGAGCUAUAAAAAGCGUGCAGAACUUGAAAAUUCGGAUAAAAAAGGAUGAUUGAAGCAUGAGAGUUUGGCUGGUGAUUUGUUUUCUUUUGUUUUUGUGGAUUGUUUUUUCACUUUUGGUUAGGUAUAAUGGAGUGUUUACCAAUUAUGUUAUGGACCUUGUUUUCUCAAUGUGCUUAUUGAAUGAAGGGUUUUUAAGAUAUGUAAUGGUUCAUUCAGUUUUUAAGCUUUUGAAAUUUGUGUUCACAUAAUAUAAGGUUGUCACAUUUUGUCCACAAUACUGAAAUAUUAUCCUAAUGAAAAUAAUCAAACACAUUUUUC